UUGUAACUUUUUCUUUCCAGAGAUGGAGAAGUGGUGCGUGCAUUACGUGUGUGGUCUCCUUGUGUUGGUGCAAUGUUUUCUGACCGCCGUUACUUAUUAUACCCCUGUGUGUGAGUCACCUCGGUUGUGUGAGAACAACAACAGGGUGUGUGUCACCUGUACUGCUGAUGGGAUUCCUAGUGGAAACAGACGGUACUAUUACUGCUCACUGUACAGCUAUAUCAGUCCACACGUACAAGUGAGUCCUGUAACAGCCAACGUGAGUUACAACAGAGUAGGAGGCUACUCCUGCACUGCCAGAGUACUCGUGAGAAACCUGGGCCCAGGAACUCACUACUUCAAGAUGUACCUUUAUCUGUCCGGGAACACCGGAGUCCUCAGCGCUUUAACAACUUCUAUUUCUUUACCCGUUACUUAUACCCCUGUUUGUGAUCCACCUCGGUUGUGUGGGAACAACAACAACAGGGUGUGUGUCACCUGUACUGCUGAUGGGAUCCCAAGUGGAGUCAGAGGGACCUAUUUUUGCGCACUGUACACUACUAGAUCUAGAUCUCACCAUCCACAACAGAUACAAGUUAGUGAUGUAACUGACGGCGUGAAUAACAACAGACGAGCAGGCUACUCCUGCACUGCCAGUGUACUUGUGACAAGGCUGGGCCCAGGAACUCACUACUUCCAGAUGCACCUUUAUCAGACCGGGCACACUGGAGUCUUCAGCGCUUUCAGCAGUCCUAUUUCUUUAUAUGGGCGCCUUGCAGUGUCUGUGGAUGUCUCCCCGAACCCUGUCAACAUCUGUCCCGGAACCAGCCAUGACGUCACCGUGGUGUGUUCUGUUAAGUUUGAAGACACCUACAAUGAGCCGGUGUUUCAACUGUACUGGGGCGGUCAACUAAAGCAGAGUACGAGAGGAACGCUGGAAACUAAUCAGUAUAGCUCUGAAAGUUACUAUACUCUAGUUAGUAAAUAUACCGUCGAUGUGAAUCAAGCUGGAAGUAUCAACUUUCGCUGUGAGGCCUAUAACUCCGUGCACACAAGUGAAAAAGCUUCAAGCAAGACGAUAACAGUUCAAGUGAAUGCUCCACCGUCUACUCCUCCAAAACUGACAAUAUCAGGGGGAGUUUACUCCGGGCUCAAGGGAUAUUCUAUUUCGUUGACCCCGGGACAGACGUACUCAGCAAGCUGUGACGUGUCUAGGGGUCAGCCGCCCGUGUCCAGUGUCACACUGACCUGUCCGGGCGUGAGUCAGAAGACGGUGUCCGGCACGUCAGUGUCUCUGUCCAACAUUCCUGUCGUUAAGUGGGCUGACCAGGAGAAGUGUGUAUGUGCAGCACAGCAUGUGUCACAGUGCUACAACCUGAGGACUGAGGUCACGAUUAGAGUGCUGUUCCCACCCGAAACUGUCACCUUUGAGAGAACAGACAGGGGCAAUAUCUCACCUGUGGACAUCUGCCCAGACUCCCAGCCUGAGAUACCGCUCCAGUGUAGCGCGACCUCUAACCCCCAGCCACAGUUCACAAUUCUCGUGAACGAACAAACAUAUUCAGGGCCACUUCAAGGUCAGGUGGUUAAAAGUAGAACAAACACCUACGUGUACUCGUAUGACUUUGUGCCGGAAGCUGGAGGAACCUACAACAUCACCUGUACUGCCAAGGGAGACAAGACAGCGCUUGUUGAAAGUGACCAGCUCACCAUUUUCGUCAGAGAACCACCUCAAACGGAACCGAAAAUCACCAUAACCAGCAUCGGACCAUCCGGCAACGUCUCGAAAAACGCGGAAGUCAUCUAUAAAAGCAUCGCUACAAAUGCCACCUGCUUGGUUGAUGGUGGAUACCCGCCCGUGACGUCACAAGACAUUCUGUUGACUUGUGGGAACCUCUCCGGCUCUGAACAGAUAACGCUUCCACCCGGGCACUCUACAGACGGAGAAAUAGCCUGCUCUUGUAGUGCGUCUCACAUUACUGGAUGUUACUCACGAUCUGCUCACACAAGAUUUAACGUUUCAGCACUUCCACUGAGCCCUGAGGCGAGCACGGACAACUCUGACGUCACUGUGGUCGCCUCUGUUGGUGUCGCUGUUGUCGUCGUCGUCGUCAUCGUCGUUGUGGUGAUUGUGCUGGUGUUUAGGAGAAGAACUCGAAGUGCCUCGAUCGGUGAGGACUGGGUUUGGGUGGUAAUCAGUCGCAGACAUCUGUUUUGA